UUUUUUUUUGUUGUUCAUUCAAUAAUAGUUCACGACACAUAUCACAUAAAAAAUAUCACAUCUUUCAUAAACUAUGCUCGUACUUCCUGGAACACAAGCAUUGUCGCCUUUCAAGGCACAUGCUUUGUUGCAGCAAAUUCAAGCUGCGGUGCCCUCAGUCAAGUCGGUCUCCACACGCGCGGUCCAUUUUGUACAGCCCAAGGCCGAUCUCGAUCCAGCAGCUUUGACAGAGUUCUUGACCAAUAGCAACACAGCUGAGAGACGUAUUCUCGAUACCAUGUUCUCCUCGCCUUCUGCUGCGACUAAUGCACCCAUCGAGGACGACCAUGAACUCUUGAGACUUCUUACUCAACAUAGCAGCAGCAGCAGCAAUAGGACAGAAGAAGGAUUCAAUUUUUUUAUCGUCCUACCGCGUGUUGGUACGAUCUCGCCAUGGUCUUCCAAGGCCACCAAUAUUGCACAGAUGUGCAAUCUGGAUCGCCAUGUGCAGCGUGUGGAGCGUGGUCAAGCCUAUUUAAUCAAAUUAAAGGAAGAUGCAGCCAAGCAGUUAUUGAGCGAGCAAGAGUUCAGGGCCAUCACUGCCCUUGUUCAUGACCGCAUGACCCAGGAUGUAUUAAACGUCAUCCCAAACGAGAAAGUUAUUUUUAAGCAAGGGACCCCUGCCCCACUCAAGGUCGUCCAAUUGAUGGACAGCAAUGAGGACCGCAAUCCUCGCGAUGCCCGUCAGCGUUUAAUCACUGCUAACAAGGAGCUUGGAUUGGCUUUAGCUGAGGAUGAGAUCGAUUACUUGGUUGCUGCUUUCAUCGGCAGCAGCAAAUUGAGCUCCGACAGUUGCCUAGCCCGUAACCCUACAGAUGUGGAACUGUUCAUGUUUGCACAGGUCAACUCGGAGCAUUGUCGUCACAAGAUCUUUGGAGCGGAUUGGACCAUUGAUGGUGAAAAGAAGCCUCACUCACUCUUUGGCAUGAUCAAGAACACCCAUCAACUCAACCCUCAGCAUACCCUUUCAGCAUAUAGUGAUAACGCCGCUGUUUUGCAAGGCCACAAGGGAGUACGGUUUGCACCUCUGGCGGAAGACAACUAUUCAUACAACUUGUUUGAAGAAGAGGUUCAUAUGGUGGUCAAGGUUGAGACCCAUAAUCAUCCUACGGCUGUUUCCCCCUUCCCAGGAGCUGCUACUGGAUCUGGAGGAGAAAUCCGUGAUGAAGGAGCCACAGGCGUGGGUUCCAAACCCAAAGCUGGUCUCACUGGGUUCACUGUCUCUAACCUAUUGAUCCCUGGACAUGUCCAACCUUGGGAAACAGACUAUGGAAGGCCUUCGCAUGUUGCUUCCGCGCUUGAUAUCAUGAUCCAAGGGCCUCUUGGAGGAGCAGCUUUCAACAACGAGUUCGGUCGUCCUGCUAUUACUGGUUACUUCCGCACGUUCCUCGAGUCCGUCCCUGGACCUAAUGGCAAAGACGAAAUCCGCGGGUUCCAUAAGCCCAUUAUGAUUGCUGGAGGCCUUGGAACCAUCCGUCCUCAGCAUGUGAUUAAGAACAAGAUUCAGCCGGGUGCCCAUUUGGUGGUUCUGGGAGGUCCCUGCAUGCUGAUUGGCUUGGGAGGUGGAGCUGCUAGUUCCAUGACCUCGGGAGAAUCCUCUGCAGCCUUGGAUUUUGCAUCUGUCCAGCGUGAGAACCCGGAGAUGCAGCGUCGCUGCCAGCAGGUCAUUGAUUCUUGCACGGCCUUGGGUCAAAAGAACCCUAUUCAGUCAAUCCACGAUGUCGGUGCUGGAGGAUUGUGCAAUGCCUUGCCCGAGAUUGUUCACGACUGUAACUUGGGAGCGUCAAUCGAGCUCCGUAACAUCAACAACGACGAUCCUAGUAUGUCACCCAUGGAGAUUUGGUGCAAUGAGUCUCAGGAACGCUACGUACUUGCGAUUGGACCUGAGAACAUAGAGACAUUCAAGGCAAUCUGUGAGCGUGAAAGAUGCCCUUAUGCUUUGGCCGGUGUCGCUACUGCGGAGGAGAGAUUGAUUUUAACAGAUAGUCUGUUGGGUACCACACCCAUCGAUCUACCCAUGUCGACUCUGUUCGGAAAGCCACCAAAGAUGUCACGUACGACUAGCACAAUCACCCCUGCUCGCCAUGCCUUUGACAGCUCACUCCAGUCUUACUUACCCUCAUUGACCCAGACAGCUGAGUUAGUCACAGAUGCUGCUCACCGUGUCCUCCGGCUUCCUGCAGUGGCCUCUAAAUCCUUCUUGAUCACAAUCGGUGAUCGCACUAUCACAGGACUAGUCGCUCGUGACCAGUUUGUGGGGCCCUGGCAGGUCCCUGUAGCAGAUGUAGCGGUCACAGCUACAUCGCACGGCGCCUCGACCGGAGAAGCCAUGGCAAUGGGAGAACGUCCUCCGAUUGCAUUGAUUUCAGCUGCCGCCUCUGCCCGUAUGGCUGUUGGAGAGUGUAUCACCAACAUGGCCGCCGCUAACAUUCCUUCUUUGGGCCAGAUCCGUAUGUCUGCUAAUUGGAUGGCUGCUCCAGACCAUGAGGGUGAAGGAGCUCGUCUAUAUGAGGCUGUCCAGGCUAUUGGCUUGGACCUUUGUCCUGCUUUAGGUAUCAGUAUCCCUGUCGGUAAGGAUUCCAUGUCCAUGAAAAUGAAAUGGAAGCAAGGUGGUGAGCAGGUCGAGGUCACUGCUCCCUUGGCACUCAACAUUACUGGGUUCGGGCCUGUGGCGGAUAUCCACAAGACAUUGACGCCUGAGUUGAUCACCGAUAUUGAAGGAGAGUCCACAGUGCUGGUACUGAUUGAUCUUGCUAAUAAUAAGGAGCGUUUGGGUGGAUCUGCUUUGGCUCAGGUCUAUAAGCAAAUUGGUAAUGAAGCCCCUGAUGUCGAGAGUGCGGAUCUCCUUAAGGCCUUCUUCCAGGCUAUGCAGGCUAUUCGUGAACAUGAAGACUUGGUUCUGGCAUAUCACGACCGUUCAGAUGGUGGUCUGUUUGCCACUGUAGUUGAGAUGUGCUUUGCAGGUCAUGUGGGAGUCAAGGUUGAUCUGUCAUCGAUCUCUCUAGAUGCUGUUGCUGCGCUGUUCAACGAGGAGUUGGGAGCUGUGGUCCAAGUUAGGCAGUCUCAGGUAGAGCAGUUGAAGAAGGUCUUUGCAGAGCACAACUUCCCAGUAGAGCAAGGUUUGAAGGUUAUUGGAACUGUUAACGUCAAGGGUGAUGACUCGAUCGUGAUUUCGUAUCAAGGAGUUAAUAUCUUGGACUCCAAUCGUGUAGACUUGCAGCGCAUCUGGACUGAAACUUCGUAUCACAUCCAAAAGAUCCGUGACAAUUCUGAAUGUGCUCAACAGGAGUUUGAUGGAUUGUGGGACGCUCAAGAUCCUGGUCUGUCAUACCAGUUGACCUUUAACCCUGCUGAAGAGAUCUUGUCCGCUCAUGAUUUGUCACUGGAGAUGGAGAGCCGACCCAAGGUAGCUAUUUUGCGUGAACAAGGUGUGAACGGACAGAUUGAGAUGGCGUAUGCAUUCCAUGUAGCAGGCUUUACGGCUGUAGAUGUGCACAUGUCGGAUAUUUUGUCCGGAAAGGUGACUCUCAAGGAUUUCAAGGGCAUUGCAGCCUGUGGAGGAUUUUCAUAUGGUGAUGUUUUGGGAGCAGGGUCAGGCUGGGCGAAAUCAUUUUUGUUGCAUGAACAGGCUCGCAACGAGUUUCAUGAUUUCUUGACGGUCCGCCAGGAUACUUUUGCGUUGGGUGUCUGCAAUGGAUGUCAAUUCUUGUCACAGAUGCGAGAACUGAUCCCAGGAGCAGAACACUGGCCGUAUUUCAAGAGAAACCAGAGCGAGCAGUUCGAGGCUCGUUUCAGUAUGGUGGAGCUGGAGGACAACACGAAGACAUCAGAGACCACUACACCUUCAAUCUUCUUUGACGGAAUGCGGGGAUCCAAAUUCCCGAUUGCGGUCGCUCACGGAGAAGGUCGUGCAGAAUUUGUUCAGGCUUCAGAUCUGGAACAAUUGAAGGCACAGGGAUUGAUUGCAGCUUCCUAUGUAGAUAACUAUGGCAAGAAGACGGAGCAGUACCCAUUGAAUCCUAAUGGAUCUCCCUUGGGUAUCACGGCAGUUCAGACACCUAAUGGUCGUGUGUUGGCAAUGAUGCCUCAUCCUGAGCGUGUUACAGGACGUGAGGCUAAUUCGUGGUAUCCUCGCAAGGAGGGUGCUCAAUGGGGUGAGUACGGGCCCUGGUUGAGGAUGUUUAAGAAUGCUCGCAAAUGGGUUAAUAGCCAUUAAGAAAAAUAACAUUUUAAUCGUCACCUGUUGUAAAUAAAAUGUUAAUUUCAC